CGAGCGAGCGGGGAGAGCCGCGGUCGCAGCGCGAGUUGUCCUGCAGCUAGACCCGGCGAGACUGAGCGCCCGGAGGGAGGCGGUGGCUCACCCGCCCCGCCCGCCCGAGAGUGGGACUCCUCCCGUCGCCGAGCCAUGGAGCCUGAACCAGUGGAGGACUGUGUGCAGAGCACGCUUGCUGCCUUGUACCCACCCUUUGAAGCCACAGCCCCAACCCUGUUGGGCCAGGUGUUCCAGGUGGUGGAGAGGACGUACCAGGAGGAUGCGCUGAGGUACACGCUGGACUUCCUGGUACCCGCUAAACACCUGCUUGCCAAGGUCCAGCAGGAAGCCUGUGCCCAGUAUAGUGGAUUCCUCUUCUUCCACGAGGGCUGGCCACUCUGCUUGCAUGAGCAGGUGGUAGUGCAGCUAGCAGCCCUUCCCUGGCAGCUGCUGCGCCCUGGAGACUUCUACCUGCAAGUAGUGCCUUCAGCAGCCCAGGCACCUCGGUUGGCCCUGAAAUGUCUGGCUCCAGGAGGUGGGCGGGUACAGGAGCUCCCAGUGCCCAGUGAAGCCUGUGCCUACCUCUUCACACCUGAGUGGCUACAAGGCAUUAACAAGGACCGACCAACCGGGCGCCUCAGCACCUGCCUUCUGUCUGCACCCUCCGGGAUCCAGCGGCUGCCCUGGGCUGAGCUCGUCUGCCCAAGAUUUGUACACAAAGAGGGCCUCAUGGUGGGACAUCAGCCAAGUACACUGCCCCCAGAACUGCCCUCUGGACCUCCAGGGCUUCCUAGCUCUCCACUCCCUGAGGAGGUACUUGGUACCCGGAGUCCUGGGGAUGGACACAAUGCUCCUGCAGAAGGUCCCGAGGGUGAAUAUGUGGAGCUGUUGGAGGUGACACUGCCAGUGAGGGGAAGCCCCGUAGACGCUGAGGCCUCGGGCCUCUCCCGGACCCGCACAGUACCCGCUCGUAAGAGUACUGGAGGGAAGGGCAGGCACCGGAGACACAGGGCGUGGAUGAAUCAGAAAGGCCUGGGAUCUCGGGAUCAGGAUGGGGCACGGCCGCCUGGCGAGGGAAGUAGCACCGGAGCCUCUUCCGACUCACCUUCAGGUGCUGAGGCAGACCCAGAUGCCACAGCCCUCCAGGCAGCUGAUCCCCCCGCGGAGGCUCUGGGGGAAGACCCUGAAUCCUGCCUCCUGUCAGGGGAGGCUGUGGGAGGAGUGGGCCAGGGGGCUGAAGGGCCACCUGGAACCCCUCGAAGAACCGGCAAAGGAAACAGAAGAAAGAAGCGAGCUGCAGGCAGAGGUGCUGGAAACCGGGGAGGGGAGAGUACCUCACUCAGCCCCAGGGACAAAGAGGAGACUAGACAGCAGGAAGUCCUUGUCAGUCUGCCCUCACCCAGUGAACAGGAACCUGCAGAAUGCAGCCUGGUCAAGGAGAAGGAGGAUUGUGGCAAGCCAGAGUCUGAACCAAAAGAGGAACUCAAGCCAGCAGAUGAGAAAGAGCCUGCACCCCCAGAAGGCUAUGAGCCUCCAGAAGAGGAGAUCAAAGAGAGUGGGAAAGAGGAGUUGACCUCGGAGUGUACGGCAGGAUCCACAGGUCCAGAGUGGUUCGCAUCUGAGCCCCCAACGCAGCCCCUAGAGACUGUGCAGGAUGUAAAAGGAGACAGUCUUCCAGAAGAAACUCCUCCGGUUUCUGUUUUGGAUGACCCAGUUGUAGCUUGGGACUUGAUGGCAUCUGGAUUCUUCGUUCUGACUGGAGGGGUAGAUCAGACUGGGCGAGCUCUACUGACGAUCACACCUCCACCUCCGUGCCUUCCUGAGGAGUCCUCACCCUCCCAAGAGACACUGAGCACUGCUCUCCGUUACCUCCACUCACUGCUUAGGCCUGAUCUGCAGUUACUGGGGCUGGCCAUCCUCCUUGACCUUCGCAAGGCACCCCCACUGCCUCCAGCACUUCUUCCUGCCUUGAGUCAGCUUCAGGACUCAGGCGAGCCUCCGCUCAUUCAGCGGCUGGUGAUCCUCAUUCAUGAAGACCCUCCAGCGGAACUCUGUGGAUUUCAGGGAGCUGAGUUGCUGUCAGAGAAGGACCUGAAAAGAGUGGCCAAGCCAGAGGAGCUACAGUGGGACUUAGGAGGUCACAGGGACCUCUCCCCCAACCACUGGGCAGAGAUACAUCAGGAAGUGGCAAGGCUGUGCACCUUGUGCCAAGGCGUGUUGACCUCUGUACGGCAGGCCAUUGAGGAGCUAGAGGGAACAGCAGAACCCAAAGAAGAGGAGGCUGUGGGAAUGCCUGAGCCCCUGCAAAAGGUGCUGGCAGAUCCUCGGCUGACGGCGCUACAGAGGAACGGAGGAGCCAUCCUGAUGCGCCUGCGCUCCACCCAUAGCAGCAAGCUAGAAGGCCCAGGCCCAGCUGAGCUAUACCAGGAGGUAGAUGAGGCCAUUCACCAACUUGUGCGGCUGUCCAACCUACGAGUGCAGCAGCAGGAACAACGGCAGCGCCUGCGCCAAGUCCGGCAGGUGUUGCAGUGGCUGUCUGGCCCAGGGGAAGAGCAGCUGGCAAGCUUCGCCAUGCCUGGGAACUCACUGUCAGUCUUGCAAGAGACAGAACUUCGAUUCAGGGCUUUUAGCACAGAGGUGCAGGAGCGCCUAGUCCAAGCCCGGGAAGCUUUGGCACUGGAGGAGGACAUUACCUCCCAGAAAGUUCUAGAUAUCUUUGAACAACGGCUGGAGCAGGUUGAGAGUGGCCUCCACCGGGCCCUCCGGCUACAGCGCUUCUUCCAGCAGGCACACGAAUGGGUAGAUGAGGGCUCUGCUCGGCUGGCAGGAGCUGGGCCUGGUCGUGAAGCUCUGCUGGCAGCCCUAGCCCUGCGGAGGGCCCCAGAGCCCAGUGCAGGCACCUUCCAAGAGAUGCGAGCCCUGGCCCUGGACUUGGGCAGCCCCGCAGCCCUUCGAGAGUGGGGCCGAUGUCGGGCACGCUGCCAGGAACUGGAAAGAAGGAUUCAGCAGCAGCUGGGAGAGGAGGCCAGUCCUAGAAGCCACCGACGACGUCGGGCAGACAGUGCCAGCAGCGCAGGGGCCCAGCACGGAGCCCAUAGCCCUUCACCCAGCCUCAGUUCCCUGCUGCUUCCCAGCAGCCCUGGGCCACGGGCAGCCCCAUCACAUUGCUCUCUGACCCCAUGUGGGGAGGAUUAUGAGGAAGAAGGACUUGAGCUAACCCCAGAAACAGAUGGAAGACCCCCAAGGGCUGUGCUAAUCCGAGGACUGGAGGUCACCAGUACUGAAGUGGUAGACAGGACAUGUUCACCCCGAGAACAUGUACUAUUGGGCCGGGCUGGAGGGCAAGAUGGACCCUGGGGAAUAGGUACCCCUCGAAUGGAACGCAAACGAAGCAUCAGCGCCCAGCAGCGUCUAGUGUCUGAACUGAUUGCCUGUGAGCAGGAGUACGUAACCACUCUGAACGAGCCAGUGCCGCCGCCUGGGCCUGAGCUAACGCCUGAGCUUCGAUGCGCCUGGGCUGCAGCCCUGAGUGUCCGAGAGAGGCUUCGCAGCUUCCACGGGACACACUUUCUACAAGAGCUUCAUGGCUGCGCCGCCCACCCUCUGCGCAUCGGGGCCUGCUUCCUUCGCCAUGGGGACCAGUUCAACCUCUAUGCACAGUUUGUGAAGCACAGGCAUAAACUGGAGAGUGGUCUGGCUGCGUUCACCCCCUCGGUCAAGGGUUGCAUGGAGGGCAGCCCUUGCUUGCCCCGGGCCCUGCAGCAGCCACUGGAGCAGCUGGCUCGGUAUGGACAACUCCUGGAGGAGCUCCUGAGGGAAGCCGGGCCUGAGCUCAGCUCGGAACGCCAGGCCCUCAGGGCCGCUGUACAGUUGCUCCAGGAACAAGAGGCCCGAGGCAGAGAUCUGCUCGCUGUGGAAGCUGUUCGAGGCUGUGAGAUAGAUCUAAAGGAACAGGGACAGCUUUUGCAUCGGGACCCUUUCACUGUCAUCUGUGGCCGGAAAAAGUGCCUCCGACACGUCUUUCUCUUUGAGGACCUGCUCUUAUUCAGCAAGUUCAAGGGUUCUGAAGGAGGAUCCGAGACCUUCGUUUACAAGCAGGCUUUCAAGACCGCUGACAUGGGGCUGACAGAAAACAUCGGGGACAGUGGACUCUGUUUCGAGCUAUGGUUUCGUCGACGGCGUGCAAGAGAAGCAUACACGUUGCAGGCUACUUCACCAGAGACCAAACUCAAGUGGACAAGCUCUAUUGCCCAGCUGCUGUGGAGACAGGCGGCCCACAACAAGGAACUCCGAGUGCAGCAGAUGGUUUCCAUGGGCAUUGGGAAUAAACCUUUCCUGGACAUUAAAGCCCUUGGGGAACGGACACUGAGUGCCCUGCUCACUGGAAGAGCCGCCCGCACCCGGGCCUCCGUAGCCGUGUCAUCCUUUGAACAUGCUGGCCCGUCCCUUCCCGGCCUCUCACCGGGAGCCUGCUCCCUGCCUGCCCGCGUCGAGGAGGAGGCCUGGGAUCUGGACGUCAAGCAGAUUUCCCUGGCCUCAGAAACACUUGACUCUUCUGGAGAUGUGUCCCCAGGACCACGAAACAGCCCCAGCCUGCAGCCCCCCAACCCUGGGAGCAGUACUCCCGCUCUGACCAGUGGAGGGAUCUUAGGGCUCUCCCGGCAGGCCUGGCUGAGAGGCAUCAAGAGUCAUUCCCGAGCCCUGAGUGACCCCACCACGCCUCUGUGAGCUAGAGAAGAUCCAGAUCUGCAGCCCCUUCUCCCUUCUGGGAUGCCAAUGGGACAUAAUGGAGGACCUAAGCUCUCAGUUCCCUCCCUCUGCUUCCUGGACAAAGAGGUGGGCAGGGACCAUAGCUUCUGCUGCCACCGCUGUCUAGCUCUCCCCUGCUUGGUGCCUUUCGCUGCAGGAACCAGAGUGGCCCUGUUCAAUUGCCUUUAUGCUCCAAGGGCAGGGAAAUGUCCCUCUUGCUGUGCUACUGCACCCCGGGACACUGCUCUGCUGACACCCACUACUCUUCUCAUCCCAACUCUCCCAGAAGAUCCAUCUCUGCCAGGUCGAAUGGAAUUCCAUGCUGGGGUAUCAUGAGAAAUAUGUUGUAAGCCACUGAAGGAGACGGGGUGGGCACUGCAGACUUUAUAUGUAAUUACUGUUAUUAUACUAUUGUUACAUUAAAUAUAUUUACUCUCACUGUGA